AUGAGUGCCGUACCCAACUUAGCUCUUGUAAGGUUAGCAGUCUUCUUGGGAAUGGUAGCAGCUACUGUAACUCUAUUAUAUUUAGCUCCCGUACCAAAUCAAUCAGUCAAAAGCUGUGAUCGACCUUGCCACGAACUUGACUGGCCUAUGAUAUGUAGAUUUAAGUUAACAAUAGAAAAAUUACCCACAUCUGUGAUAUGCCAAGAAUGCCAAAAUAGCGUCGACUGUCCAUAUUGUACAUCUCAAGUUGACUUACCACAAGAACUAACACUCAUUAAUCGCCAGCUUCCAGCUCCUACCUUCCACGUAUGUCAUAAUGACAUAUUAAUAGUAGAUGUAAUCAAUAAAUUACAAACAGAAAGUCUCACCAUGCAUUGGAGAGGGCAAAAUAACGAAGAAACGCCAUUUAUGGAUGGUGUACCUUUGAUAACUCAAUGCCCAGUGGGGCCUUAUACAACGUAUCAGUAUAAAUUUAGGGCGUCCUCUCCCGGAACACACUCAUAUCACGCGUUUUCGGAUUUUGAGCGAACAAACGGAUUGCACGGUGCCUUAGUAAUAAGAAAAGCGGAAAAGAUUGAACCAAAUAUAUAUAAUUACGAUAUUGAUAAUAAGAACCACGUUCUGGUUAUAGCUGAAACUAAUAAUAGUGUUUUAAUUAAUGGUGUAGGACCUUCUAGUCCACAAUUGUCCAAAUUGACAGUAAAAAGGAGAACCAGAAACCUUUUCAGGUUAAUAUAUGCAAGUGGUCUGGGUUGUCCAUUAACUAUAACCAUUAAUAACCAUGUUGUAAAAGUUUUAUCUGUUGACGGCACUCCAAUAAUUCCACUAGAAGUUACUUCUAUUAAAGUAAACAAAGGAGAGACACUUGAGUUCGUAUUAGAAGCGAACCAAAAGCCCGGAUCUUAUCUUAUAACAGCCAAAUCAACCUGUAGGUCUAAAGAAUUAAUCGGAAAAGCUAUAGUCACGUACAAAGGCUCUUCAGUAGAAAAUAAUUUAAAAAAUAUAAGUUAUGCAGCCGAUUUAAGAAAUUUCGACACUGGUUUCUGUGAUCAGAAAACCGGAAAACUUUGUGUAAGGGACAUAAAACCUAACGAAGGAAUGGAAGGAAGUUUAAGACAUUUAGUUGUGGAAAAGAAGAUAUUUCUCGCAUUUGAUAAAAGGAACGUUCAUGGACUUACCAGAAGAACGCAUUUAAUAAAUCAGUAUAAAACAAAUAACGUGUCAUUUACAUUUCCUCCCUCUCCAAUCUUGACACAACCAACAGAUGUACCAUUAGAUCUAAUGUGCAACGAAAAGAAUUUACCUGAGAGAUGUAAAAAUAAAGAACACUGUGAUUGCGUUCAUUUAAAACAUAUUCCAUUGGGUAGUACGACAGAACUUGUCCUUAUUCACCAAGGUGGAGACGAUGAAGAGUAUAUAUUCCAUCUUCAUGGUUACCAAUUUUAUGUAGUUGGAGCAAGAAUGUCAAAAACACCUUUUAAAAAAAGUGACGUUGAAAAAUUGGAUGCUGACUAUGAUUUUAUCAAGCGGAAUUUAAAAAAUCCAGUCAAGAAAAAUACUGUAAGGGUGCCCAAGAAUAGUGUUGUUGCUGUGAGAUUCUUAGCGAAUAAUCCAGGUUUUUGGUUACUACGGGAUGAAAAUGCGCAGGGUUGGACUAGAGGAUUGGAUGUAUUGUUUCAAGUGGGAGAUACUGGUGAUAUAGUGGCACCUCCGUCAAGUUUUCCAUAUUGUGGCAACUUCAUUGGGCCACAAUUCUUUAUAUUGUGAUACUUUUCUAGAAAAUCUGC